UUCAAGUUGUCAACCCAUAGGAUCGAGAAAGCGUAAACGAGAUGACGUACCUGUGGCCACACGACGUUCAGUUGGCCGACCCAAAGGAUCGAAGACUAAAAGAGGUGCUCCAUAUGUGAUCACAUCUCCUGUGACCAGCACCUACACUGCCACCCCAUAUGUGGCCACCAGCACCUCCAUGGCCACUUCAUCUCAUAUGACCACAUCUUCUGUGGCCAGGACCUCCAGAGCCACCCUAGAUGUGGCCACCAGUUCCAUGGCCACCACUGAUAUUCAUACAAGUGUUGCUAAUGAUAUUUCAGUGUCAACACCUGCACCUGCUGGGGUGUCAACACCUGCACCUGCUGGGGUGUCAACACCUGCACCUGCUGGGGAGUCAACACCUGCACCUGCUGGGGUGUCAACACCUGCACCUGCUGGGGACUCAACACCUGCACCUGCUGGGGAGUCAACACCUGCACCUGCUGGGGUGUCAACACCUGCACCUGCUGGGGUGUCAACACCUGCACCUGCUGGGGAGUCAACACCUGCACCUGCUGGGGUAUCAACACCUGCACCUGCUGGGGAGUCAACACCUGCACCUGCUGGGGCUUCAAGUGCCAUAAAGAGAGUGUCAUUAUUUCGUAAGAUGAAUCCUGUAGUUAGUGAAAAGAAAUUGAUGAUAAUGGAAUAUAGUAAAAUACAUGAUAUCUUAAAGCAAAUAAUUUGUAUGCAGUGUUUUUCUGGAAAAAUGGAGGUUACAUAUUAUGAACAACAUCUAGAGACAGUUGCUUGUGUAAUGUGUCCUGAGUGUGGAUAUCAGUUGGGGGAAAAACCAGGUUCGUAUAAAAUACUGAAUGAAUUAACUGGCAGGAUGGUGUAUGGGGAAAUGUUAGCAGGUCGUGGGUACUGUUCAUUUAUUCGUAGAAAUGCAAUGUGCAAUUUCCCACAUAUCACUCAAGUUGCUUAUAAUAAGUAUACUACAAUGAUAACAGAAAAAUCUAUUGAGUCAUGUAAGGAAAUACUUGCUGAAUCUAAGGACAUUAUUGUUCAGGAAUAUGCCAAACAGAACAUUGUACCAGAUGACAAUGGAAUUCUUGACAUUGAUGUGACUUAUGAUGGAACAUGGCACACAAGGGGACAUCACUCAAACAUAGGCAUUGGUGUUAUUAUUGAUGCCUUAACAAAAUUAGUGAUUGAUUAUCAGGUUUUGUGCAAGUUUUGUAGUAUGUGUUCCUUUCACAAAAGUUGUUGGAAUAAAAAGAUAAUAUCUGAUGCAAAAUAUGAAGAACUGGUAGAAGGACAUAAACCUCAGUGCCACAAAAACUAUUCAGGAACAUCUGCAAAGAUGGAAAGUGAAGCAGCAGUAAUGAUGUGGCAGCGAUCCCUUGAAAAUAAAUUGAGAUACAAAACUAUAGUGAGUGAUGGCGAUAGUAACACAUAUAAAGCCAUUGUUGAUCUCAAGGAUGGUGAAGGUCCAUAUCCAGGUGUAAAAGUUGACAAAGAGGAAUGUAUCAAUCACUAUGUUAAACGUCUCAAGAAUAGACUAACAAAUGUUGUCCAAUCACAUUAUGUUGAUAAAGAAUUGAAAACUGGUAAGAAGAGGAAGCAGUAUGCCAUGAAGAAAAAAGGCGUUCUGACAGACUUCAUCAUCGAAAAGUUGGCAUAUUACUUUCAGAAGAACCUGAGAGAGAAUGUUGGGACUGAUGUUGCAAGCAUGAGGAAUGGUAUCCUUGCAAGCUUCUUCCAUUGUUCCUCAAGUGACGAGAAGCCACAGCAUCACCUUUGCCCAACAGGUGAUGAUUCCUGGUGUUUCUACCAGAAAGCAAUAGCAGCAAACCUCCCACCACCAUCUCACACUACAAUGAAAGUACAGUUCCAGCUCGAACCUGCAUACAUGGAAGAGGUAUAUAAUAUUUACCAAGACCUAACAAUAGAUAAAAUGAUGCAGCGUUGUCUAAAAGGCAGAACUCAAAACCCUAAUGAAAGUCUGCAUCAGCGCAUAUGGUCCUACUGCAGUAAAGCACUAUUUCGAACCAAGUGGCAAGCUGAUUUCUCGGUCAGCCAUGCUGUUGCAGAGUACAAUAGUGGAUAUGUGAGGAGCUGUCUAGACAUACCACUUGGCUAUGGACGUUUAGCAUUGACUCAAAGACAGCUUGAAUCAAUGGACAAGAACAUGCAGGCAGCACGGACCCCAAAAUACAAGAAGAGGAAAAGGGGGAUGGACACGUCCUACGAGCCUGGAGGACAUUAGAUAAUCAUCUAUGUCCACCUACUCCUAGUCAAAGUUUGAUUGGGAUGGAUCGUCAUGAUUGGCCGGCUGCCAGAGAACUUCAGGAUGAAGGGAUCUUCAUGGAACUUCAGGAAUAUUGUCCAUACAACCAGUUCUACUCUCAAUAAACGUAUAAAUGCA